CUGUUAGCCAAAGGGCCCAGAUACCGGGUUUCGGCAACGGCUUUUUAGCCGUUCUAGUUUCUUCCAGAAGCUUUCAGCAACGUAAAGUAGUGAGCGCCUGCAGGAAAAAACUUGUAAUCAAUUUACUUAUUUGUAUUGAAUUUUCCUGUUCUUAAACGCGGGAGUGCGCUAGAUUGUUAGAGAGCAACAUGUCUUACAUGCUGCAACAUCUUCACAAUGGAUGGCAAGUAGACCAAGCAAUUCUGUCUGAGGAAGACAGGGUCGUUAUCAUUCGAUUCGGGCACGACUGGGACCCGACAUGCAUGGUAAUGGACGAGACACUAUACAAGUGUGCCGAGAAGAUGAAAAACUUUGCCGUCAUCAACCUGGUAGAUAUCUCAGAAGUUCCGGAUUUCAACAAGAUGUACGAGUUAUACGAUCCGUGUACCUGCAUGUUCUUCUAUAGAAACAAACAUAUAAUGAUUGAUUUGGGAACGGGUAAUAACAACAAAAUCAACUGGGCUAUGGAGGAUGUACAAGAGUUCAUUGACAUAGUGGAAACAAUUUACAGAGGUGCAAGAAAAGGCAGAGGUCUUGUGAUCUCGCCAAAAGACUAUUCAACAAAAUACAGAUACUGAUUGUUUCACUCUUGUUCAUUUUUAUCUUGUAAAUAUUUCAUCUGAGUAAUUUUAGUAAUCGUUAAUUCAGUGAAAUCUUUUUUUGGCAUCCUAAAAUGAUAUCUGUGAACUGAGAAAGAAUUCAAUGGAGUUAUCUCCAAAUAUAUGUCACAGGAUGAACAUAUUUUUGAAAGAGAUUUAAAUCAGUACUGUUCAUACUUUACAAAUAUGAUAUGAAAUAAAACUGAAGUUCUACUAAUUUACAUCAAAAGAGGGCUUUUAUAGAUGUUUUACGGAUUAAAAAUUCUAAAUUUGGAAAAGUUUUAAAUAAAUCUUAAGGCAUACCCCUUUAACAUGCCUGUUUAAUAGCUCUAUCAGUUUAAAGCGAAAUGAAAGAUAGUUAUUUCUUUUACAUUUACAUUGCUCUAUUCUUUGAUGAUCAUUUUUAAGUCAGUGUCAGAAAUUUUGAAAAUACACCAAGGAAUUCAAGAAUCAUCAUCUGAUCAUAAAAACAUAUUGAAAACUCUGACUUGACAAUAUAUGGUAUCUUCACAUUUAUAUCUGUACUUAAUACAUGACAUAUCAAUUACCUGUCAAAAGUUUGUGCAAUAUGAUUAUGAAUGGUCUAUUUUCAAAACAUGUUUACUGGGCUAGUACAUAUAGGUCAAAAAAUUAAAAGUAAACCUUAAAAUUACUUUCUCAUGUCAAGUAAUAAAACUCUGAAUAGCUUGAUGAUUAACCUUUAGCCUGCUGCUGGCAAGUGAUUCUGCCUUUGCGACCAGUGCAGACCAAGAUCAGCCUGCACAUCUGUGCAGGCUGAUCAUGGUCUGCACUGUUCGCUAUUCAGUCAGUAAAUUUUCAUUGAACACCCCUUCAAAUAAUUAAUGGUACUGCCCAAACUGAAUGAUGGGCAGUCCAUUUUAGAAAUUUAGCAGGGUAAGGGUUAAUGAUUAAUAGUCAAAACUACUGGCAAGUCAUUCAGUAAGUGUAUACUUUUGAAUUAAUACAGUAAUAUAAUAUUGCAUUGUAAGUCUUUUUAUGUUGUUUUAUUAAUAAAAUUUGAAUGUUGAAAAGUUUUACUGAAGAAAGAAAAAUUCUAUGAUAAUCUACAUCUUAAAGUAUUUUCAGUUUCUUGUGUUGAGAUGAGUUUCAGGGUUAAGAAAUAUUAGUCAUUUAAGAGGCUUUUGCAAAAUAAGAAAUUGAAAUUUAUGUUAGAAAAUUCAGAGAAUGGCAGUGAUUCUUCUGAGACAUUUAAAUGUUGUAAUAUUGUAAGUGUAUAGUGAAAUGUUGAUUGAUAAAUAAAUCAGGUAGAGCAAUGA